AUGUUGAGAGUGUUUGUUCUCCAGUGGAAGGGUAGUUGGGAUAACUAUUUGCCUCUGAUCGAGUUUGCCUACAACAACAACAACUAUCACUCCAGUAUCGGCAUGGCACCGUUCGAGGCACUGUAUGGGAAUGCAUGCUGGACAACGUUGUGUUGGAUGCAAGUUAGCGAACGGGUGUUAAUGGGACCAGAAAUUGUUAACACCACUAAUACUAACAUCCAGUUGAUAAAGAGAAAUAUGAAGGCGGCACAAGAUCGACAGAAGAACAUCACAGACCGACAUUCCAAGGAUCGUGAGUAUGAGAUCAGUGACUUUGUCUUCCUGAAGUUAUCUUCUUGGAAGGGUGUUGUUGGUUUUAGUAAGCGAAGAAAUUUGAGUCCUAGAUACGUCGGCCCCUAUCGGAUCACAGAGAGAAUUAGUGCGGUUGUUUAUAGAUUGGAGCUACCACCAGAGUUGUCAUAG